CUCGCCGCGGCAGCCCAGCGGGCCGAGACCGGCCGGGCCCGACCAGAGCGGCCCCGGGGGCGAUGCGGCUGCUGCCCCUGCUGCGCGCUGUCCUGUGGGCCGCGCUCCUCGGCUGCCCGCUGCGGGGGGGCUCCGGCCUCCGCCACGCCGUCUACUGGAACUCCAGCAACCCCAGGCUGCUUGGGGGAGACGCUGCGGUGGAGCUGGGCCUCAACGAUUACCUAGACAUCUUCUGCCCGCACUAUGAAGGGCCGGGGCCCCCGGACGGCCCCGAGACGUUUGCCUUGUACAUGGUGGACCGGCCGGGCUAUGAGGCCUGCGAGGCCCAGGCGCCGGGCGCCUUCAAGCGCUGGGAGUGUGCCCUCCCUUUCGCUCCCUUUGGCCCCGUUCGAUUCUCGGAGAAGAUUCAGCGCUUCACACCCUUCUCCCUUGGCUUCGAGUUCUUGCCUGGAGAAACCUACUACUACAUCUCGGUGCCGACCCCGGAGAGUUCUGGCCGCUGCUUGAGACUCCAGGUGUCUGUCUGCUGCAAGGAGAGGCGAGCCAGAGCCCUCAUAGGACUCCCCGGAGGAGGGGCCCCGGGCGUCAAGCCAACCAGACCAGUGGAAGAGUGCUGGGAGAGGUCGGGCUGGCCCCUCAUCGCCAGCGGGAGAGUUGCUGCCGGGGCUGCACACAGCCCUGAACCCCACCCCCAGCCCAGGCAGGACGGACAGGGUCUCAGGCAGCUACUUUGAUGUUCUCCGCCCAUCCCCCCAGCAAGACUGGGAUUUGGUGGGAUGGAGCCCUUGAGCCUGCGGGGGGCCAACACGGAAGACCUGGGGACAGGUGCAUUGCCAGACCGGGACAAGCCCGCGGCCUGUGCCCAGCCCCCUGGGGGCCAUCUCCCUGGGGCAGCACGCCCCCUCCCCAGGGGGCCAUUCGCUUGUCUUCUGUGAAGACGGACUUGCCACGAAGCUGGACAUCAUGCCAGUUUGUAUUUUUAUAAGUGUCUGGACUAAACCCUCAAUAAACCACCCCCUUAUGCUGUUCUCCCC